AUGAAAUCCAAUCCUGCCAUCCAAGCCGCCAUCGACCUCACCGCGGGGGCCCUUGGGGGCACAGCAUGCGUCCUGACCGGGCAGCCCUUCGACACAAUGAAAGUGAAGAUGCAGACGUUCCCUGGCCUGUACAAGGGGCUCGCCGACUGUGGCCUGAAGACGUACUCCCAGGUGGGCUUGCGGGGCUUCUACAAAGGGACCGGGCCAGCGCUGAUGGCCUACGUCGCCGAGAACUCAGUCCUCUUCUUGUGCUACGGCUUCUGCCAACAAUUCGUGAGGAAAGUGGUUGGAUUGGACAAGCAGGCGAAGCUGAAUGAUCUGCAGACUGCGGCCGCCGGUUCCGUCGCCUCUGCGUUUGCCGCGCUGGCCCUGUGCCCCACUGAGCUCGUGAAGUGCCGGCUGCAGACCAUGCACGAACUGGAGAUGUCAGGGAGGAUAGCAAAAAGCCAUAAUACAGUUUGGUCCGUCGUGAAGAGUAUCCUUAGAAAGGAUGGCCCCUUGGGCUUCUACCACGGACUCACGAGCACUCUAUUUCAAGUAGUACCAGGCUAUUUCUUCUUCUUCGGUGGCUAUGAACUGAGCCGAUCAUUUUUUGCCUCGGAUGGAUCAAAAGAUGAACUAGGCCCUGUCCCCUUGAUGUUAAGCGGUGGAAUUGCUGGAAUUUGCCUUUGGCUUGUCAUAUACCCAGUGGAUUGUAUCAAAUCCAGAAUUCAGGUUCUUUCCAUGUUUGGAAAACAGGCAGGAUUUAUCAGAACUCUUUUAAGUGUUGUGAAAAACGAAGGAGUAGCAGCUUUAUAUUCUGGUCUGAAAGCUACUUUGAUUCGAGCGUUCCCUGCCAAUGCGGCACUAUUUUUGGCUUAUGAAUACAGCAGGAAGAUGAUGAUGAGCCAGUUUGAAGCACACUGA